AUGGCCCAAUUUUGGGAUAUAGAGAAUGGAUUCCUAGAAUCCGACAAAUGUGGAAAGCAGGAAUGUGAAAUCUUGUACGCCAACACGACUACUAUCGGGACAGAUGGAAAAUUCAUCGUCCGUUUACCUCUGAGGGAAGAUCCGACUGUGCUAGGAGAUUCAAAAAGAUUGGCUUUGAGAAGAUUGUAUUUAUUGGAGAGAAAAUUAGAAAAAAAUCCAGUAUUGAAGAAAAUGUAUUGUGAUUUUUUAACUGAAUAUGAAGAAUUAGGACACAUGAGCGAAGUCUCGGAUUCGGAAGCGGCCAACUUCCCAGCAUAUUAUAUUCCGCAUUUAGGAGUUUUGCGACAAAAUUCGCUAACGACAAAAUUAAGAGUGGUAUUCAAUGCAUCUGCAAAAUCCUCAUCAAACAAAUCUUUGAAUGACAUUUUAAGUGUUGGCCCUUCUGUCCAAGACACGCUCUUUGAGAUCCUUUUGAGAUUCAGAGAGUUUCCAGUAGCUGUAGUCGGCGAUAUCACAAAAAUGUACCGUCAAACGUGGAUUCAUCCCUCACAAAGAGAUUUGCAACGAAUUCUGUGGAGAAAGAAUCCAAAAGAACCCGUAAAAAUAUACAGAUUAAACACAGUGACUUAUGGGACUGGACCGGCAUCAUUACUGGCAACACGAAGUCUGAAGGAAGCUGCCAUUAGAGGCAAACCGAAGUUCCCCAAGACGGCAAACAUACUCUUGAAACAGUUUUAUGUCGAUGAUUUUUUAGGAGGUGCAAACGAUAGCGAGUCGGCCAGAACACUAAAAGAAGAAUCGGAGGAAAUACUUGAACCCUACGGAUUAAACCUGCGCAAACGGCAAUCUAGCGAUCCUGCUGUCUUAACUACAGAAAUGCCAAGAACGGACCCGUUUUACUUCGACAGCAGUGAAGAAUCAAAAGCGCUCGGAGUGGGGUGGAAGCCGAAAGAAGACUACUUUUUCUUCAAAUCAUCGCCUGAGUUCAACAAAAGUGGUGCAUUUUCCAAACGGACAAUAUUGUCUGACAUAUCCAAAUUGUUUGACCCCCUCGGACUAGUUAGUCCAAUAAUAGUAAAGGCAAAAUUUUUAAUGCAGAAAAUUUGGCUCGAGCAAACGAAAAAUUGGGACCAGCCAGUGUCCAUUGACAUACUUCAAGAGUGGAACAAGAUAAGAGCGGAUCUAACAUUUUUGGAACCAAUCACCAUACCCCGCCGUGUUUACACGAAUCAUAGAGACUGUGCUCCUAUUUUUCAUGGCUUUUCUGACGCAUCUCAGAAAGGGUAUGGAGCUUGUAUUUAUGCCUCUACGUCAAUAAAUCCGCAAUCAAGCACAGAAUUCCAAUCAAGCUUAAUUUGUUCUAAGUCAAGAGUGGCGCCAAGCAGGAAAGCUCAUACUAUCCCUCGUCUAGAAUUAGCGGCAGCUGUGCUCCUGUCUGAUCUGAUGUGUAAAGUCAAUGAAGCAGUACAAUCAAAGCCUCAAAAAAUUGUACUUUGGACAGAUUCAACGACAGUUCUCCAUUGGAUCAACAACUCUAAUUCAAGUAAAUGGCAAACUUUUGUUUCUAAUCGCAUCAAGAAGAUUCAAGAGACGACAACAGCCUUGAAAGCUGCUUAG